GUCACGACCGCCAAGUACCGGUAUCCUCGAUUCUCUUAGCGAACCGACAAGGUUCUUCUGCGCCAUAUGCGGUCGUCUUCUGUGCCCUCUCGCGAUGUGUCUGAUUGUGAGAACGCUGGCUCCCCGUGCGUUUCGAUUUAGCGGCAGACGACAGCUCGAACCAAUACUCAGCGAAGAACGAGCAGGAAAGAUUGAAAACGGCGCGGAAUCUUCAGCAAAUAAUCCUGUCAAGGUUGUUGCUGCUGCAUCAUCCUUUGCACCCGCUGGCCGGAAAAAGACGGAGAAAGAGAAGAAGGACAAGGAGGAUGUCGAACCAUCUCUUGUGAACAAGGCGCCAUCCGGGGUGAAAACGGGCGUGUGCAGGAUUGAGUUCACGCGCAAAGAACCAAAUCACACGCCAACUGCAGAGACGCUGUGGCAGUUAUGAUCACGGACGCGUAGUAUUGACCGUGGACGAAGUUCGGGUCCAUCCUAUCGGCACUCCACUGUUCGUGGCACAACCCACUGCAAAUUGUGCACAGGCAACAAAUCUGUGAUUGACAUUUGCUGUCGCCUACACGAAGAGGGUGUGAUCUACCUCGCCAGCCGACGUGCCCACUUGCGUGCGAAGAUUGACUGGUCUCCUUGCCGCACAACAAUCGAAGACCCAUAUGAAACUAUCACCGUCGCUAUGACCCGACGCGAGACGAUGCUCGGGGACACUGUAAUCGCCGUCCACCCCGCUGAUCCCCGGCUCAUCGCACCUGCAUGGUAAAUCUGUGAUCCACCCCCUUUCUGCCCAAUCGCUUGCAGCCGACCAUGUGGAUAUCUAGGACGACCGAAUGUAGAUACCUCUGUGCAGUAAAUCUGAUGAUAUCUUUGAGCCUAUAUUGAAGCCCCAGUAACGGUUAGACCCUAAAACCUGGCGGAAGAGGCGAUUUGUUGCUGUAGGCUUGCGACUGCAAGCUGGCUUUGUCUCACAGCGUACUCUGGCUGGUGAACUUCUGAUCACACCCAAGCAGUCCGAGAACGAGUGGCACUGAUGGCUGGCGGGGACCCAAGAUUCUCUCGACAGCUUUCGUGGGUGCACCGGAACACAGCCUAAUUUGGACACGGUUACGCGAAGACCCGCGACGUUCAAUGCGUCGUUGCCGUUGCAAAUUCGACUGAAAUCCAAGACUUCUCCGAAACGAAAUGACCGCAAGGACUGUGUGGGCUGCAACUCGCAACGUGCCACUGAGCGUGUUGCUGCCUUAACUCGUGGUCCGAGCUUCGCUCUGCACCGAGACGAAGAUCUGCUGAAUGCGUGGUUCUCAUCCAGUUUCCCAUCGGCAGUGGUUGGCAACAAAUUUUUCACUCUAGAGACGUCCGGUGUCGUGCGGAGAGGGUUGAAACCAUCAUUCAUGGCCAGACGGUGUGUGCCAAGGACCGAUCAUCGAACAUCAUGGGUUACGCUCCGCGUUCGGGUUUGCUCGGGUAUAUAAGGCGAGGCGAACCGACCUAACCGUAUUGUGGUCUGCUCUUUUGCCCUUUCAUUACAACUUUUCCCUCCAGCCUGUGGUUGUUGGAUUUUCUUCAUCUUCGUUUUCUUCGCUUUUGCCACAGGCUUUUUACUGCUUUUUCCAGCCCUCCAGUGCAGCGCACAUUUUCGCAUUUUUUCAUUGAAACUUUACCGAACACCUUCCUUCGUUCGCGUUCGCCAUGCGUUUUUCCGUCGCAACGCUUCCUCUCAUUGCCUCUCUGGCCGGAUCUGUCGUCGCGGCGCCUGUGGGCCUGCACCUGGGCCGGGGUUUGACUAGCUCGGGUGGAAGUCCCAACGCUGCUGCUGUCCCCGCUGCAGAUGCCUCCAUCACCAUCACUGUCCACUCUCCACGAGCGACCGGAGAAGCCGCUGAUGCCGAAAGCACUGCCGAGGAUCAGGACCUCGUGAACAGGGCUGCUAGGAAAGCAGCGAGGCCGGCAGUCAAGGCUCCGGUCAAAGCCGCCCCAGUCAAAGCCGCGCCGGUCAAGGCCCCUGCGCCGGUCAAAGCUGCGCCGGUCAAGGCUGCUGCACCGGUGAAGGCUCCUGCUGCACCGGUGAAGGCUCCUGCUGCACCGGUGAAGGCUCCUGCUGCACCGGUGAAGGCUCCUGCUGCACCGGUGAAGGCUCCUGCUGCACCGGUGAAGGCCCCCGCGCCGGUCAAGGCAUCUGCGCCAGUCAAGGCCACCAAUGUGGCUAAGACUACGGCAGCGGCCAAAACAACCAAGGCCGUUAGCGCAGCCAACGCAGCCAAAACAAGCAAAGCAGUCCCGGCAACCCAGACCGCCAAAACGACCAACGUCGUCAAGACUUCCAAUGCUGCGAAACCCACCGUGGCUUCUCAGGUCGGCAAGGGAGCGAAGGCCAGUGCGGCAGCCAGCAAGACCGCCGGCAAGGCGAGCACAGCGUCCAGCAAGAGCGUAGCCGGAAAGAAGGGCGCUGCCGCUUCGGCCGCUGGCAAGAGCGCCGCUAAGGCUGCUGCCACUGGUUCUGCCGCCGCAACUCGCUCUGCUGCGGCAGCGAACCGCUCUGGAGCUGCAGCUUCCCGUUCGGCCGCGGCCGCCUCUCGUUCUGCUGCGGCCGCCACCCGCACGGGUGCUGCCGCUUCACGGUCGGCCGCUAUUGCUUCCCGUUCUGCCGUCGCCGCCGCAACGCGCUCUGCAGCCGCCGCUUCCCGCUCUGCAGCAGCGGCCUCUCGUUCUGCGGCGGCCGCCUCCCGUUCUGCCACUGCCGCCUCCGCGUCUGCUAGUGCCGCUGCCGUGACUGAUUCGGCCGCCGCUGUUACCGACACCGCCGCUGCCACCGCUGCUGUUACCGACACUGCUGCCGCCGUCACUGACACCGCAGCCGCAGCCGCUCCCGCCGCGACCGAUGCCGGUACUGGCGUCAUCGACACUGGCGCUGGAGCUGUUGGUGCGGGUACUGGUGUUGUGGAUACUGGUGCUGGCAGUGGGGUGGUCGACACCGGUGCUGGAGCUGUUGGUACCGGCUCCGGCGUUGUUGAUACCGGUGCUGGAGCUGUUGGUACUGGCUCUGGUGUUGUUGAUACCGGGGCCGGAGCUGUUAGCACUGGAUCUGGAGUUGUCGACACUGGCGCCGGAGCUGUUGGUACUGGAUCCGGAGUUGUCGACACCGGUGCUGGCGCUGUUGGUACUGGUUCCGGCGUGGUCGAUACCGGUGCUGGAGCAGUGAGCACCGGAUCUGGGGUUGUUGACACUGGUGCUGGGGCUGUUGGUACCGGGUCUGGCGUAGUUGAUACCGGCGCUGGAACUGUCAGCACCGGCUCUGGGGUUGCUGGCGUAAUCAAUGCUGGCGCUGCUGCUGCUGCCGCCGCUGCGGCUGCGGCUGGUGCUAUCACUUCUGGCACUGGUGUUGUCGAUACUGGUGCUGGUGUUGUCGAUACUGGUUCCGGUGUCGUUGAUACUGGUGCUGGUGUUGUCGAUACCGGCGCCACGGCUGUCGAUAAUGGCGCCGCCGCUGCCACCGACGCUGCUGCCACUGAUGUCGCCACUGCAACCGACGCAGCUGCAACCGACGCAGCUGCUGCAACCGACGCGGCCGCUACUGCUGUCGCCACUGACGCUGCUGCUUGUCCCGCCAAUGCGGCCGCUACUGAUGUCGCCUCUGCCACCGACGCUACUGCCACCGACGUCACUGCCACCGACUCUUCUGCCGCCGCUGCUACCGACUCGGCUGCCGCCGCGACCGACGCUUCUGCCACCGAUACGGCCGCCGCCACUGCCACCGACCCUUGUGCCGCCAUUCCGGCCGCCACUGAUGUCGCUACUGCCACCGACGCUACUGCCACUGACGCUGCUGCUGCCACCGAUGCUGCCGUUGCGACUGAUGCUGCUGCUGGGGCCUCCGCCACUGACGUUCCUACCGCUGCUCGCCGCAUGCUCCGUUUCCGCCGCGCCAACGCUGGUGCUGACGUUGAGGGCAACUUUGAUGGCGAUGUCCAGCAGCGUUCUACCAGCCGUUUCUUUGCGCGCAACACUCUCCAACUUUGAGUGCCUUCUGUAGAAAGAGCCGGAUGCCGGAACGGGAGCACUUGCAAACCACUUCCACGCUUGUAUCAUGAUAAUUUGUUUGUAAUAACUGGGCAAAUCCAGACCUAAUCACUGCAAGUGGCAAAUUUUGAAGUGGGGAGGCUCCUACAGUCUUCUGUCGCCAUUAAAACUUGGAGCUUCUUCGACAAACCGGCCGUUCUUUUGA